AUGGAGAUAUCACUUGCAUCGGUUACAAUAUCAAUAGCUAUAGCUCUUGUGUCGUGGUGGGUAUGGAGAGCUUUGAAUUGGAUUUGGUUUAAACCAAAAAUGCUUGAGAGUUGCCUGAGAAGACAGGGUCUUGCGGGAACGCCUUACACGCCUCUCGUCGGCGAUGUGUUGAAGAGUUCCAACAUGAUGAAGGAGGCAAGAUCUAAACCAAUCAAAGUAACAGAUGAUAUCCGAGAACGUCUCUGGCCUUUUCACAUGCAAAUGCUGAAGACUCACAGAAAGACUUUCUUUUCAUGGCUUGGAACUACACCAGUCAUCACGUUAAUGGAUCCUGAGAAAAUCAAGGAAGUGUUCCACACAAAUUAUGAUUUCCAAAAGCCGCAUUCAUUCCCUUUGGCCAAAUUCAUAGCCACUGGAGUCUUUAGUUAUGAAGGUGACAAAUGGGCAAAACACAGAAGAAUCAUCAACCCGGCUUUCCACCUUGAGAAGAUUAAGAAUAUUGUACCUAUAUUCCACCAAAGUUGUAGCGAGGUUGUUGGUGAAUGGGACAAGUUAGUCCCGGAUAAAGGAUCGUCCCGUGAAGUGGACGUUUGGCCUUGGCUAGUGAGUAUAACGGCAGAAGUGAUCUCUCGUACUGCUUUUGGCAGCAGCUACAAAGAAGGGCGGAGGGUAUUUGAGCUCCAAACAGAAAUAUUGGACCUCAUCGUACAAGCUUUUAAGACAGUUUUCAUCCCUGGAUAUCAUUAUCUCCCGACGAAGAAUAAUAGAAGGAUGAAAGCAGCAGACAGAGAAAUCAGAGCUAUACUGAGAGGGAUCAUCAUUAACAAAAGGUUAAGGGCGAGAGAAUCUGGGGAAGCACCAAGCAAUGAUCUGCUGGAUAUACUUCUUGAAUCGAAUAUGGGGCAAGCAAAAGGACACAAAAUGAGCACUGAGGAAGUGUUGGAGGAGUGCAAGUUUUUCUAUUUCGCCGGGCAAGAUACAACUUCAGUACUUAUGCUCUGGACAAUGGUGCUGUUAAGCCAACACCAAGACUGGCAAGCUCGCGCACGAGAAGAAGUGAUGCAAGUUUUUGGCGAUAAAGAACCUCAUUUAAAUGGCCUGAACCAGCUCAAAGUUAUGACUAUGAUACAAUAUGAGGUCCUUAGGCUAUAUCCUUCUGUAAUCCAGCUGACCCGAGCCACUCACAAAGAGAUGAAGCUAGGCGAUCUGACACUACCAGCUGGCAUUGAGAUCCAUCUACCUAUUCUGCUAGUCCACCGUGACCCGGAUAUUUGGGGCGAAGAUGCAGCAGAAUUUAAGCCUGAGAGAUUCAAAGACGGUGUCUCUAAGGCAGCAAAGACCCAACUCUCCUUCUUUCCCUUUGGAGGGGGCCCGAGGAUAUGCGUCGGACAAAACUUUGCUAUGUUGGAGGCAAAGAUGGCUAUGACUUUGAUUCUACAGAGAUUCUCCUUCGAGCUCUCUCCUUCCUAUGUUCAUGCGCCUGAAUUAAUCUUCACCCUUCAUCCACAGUUUGGUGCUCCACUUCUCAUUCGCAAGCUGUAG